CAAUCUAUAUAGCCGGCACUGUUACCAGCUAUAUAUGACAGUGUCUAUCGGUACGUCGAAGAGAGCUGAUCAAGAAAAAGUUACUGACUAUAAGGAAGAAAACGUAUUUUCGUCCAUCUUUCAGCGAUCAUGGAGAUCAAAAUCAUCCGUUCAUAUAAGGAUUCACGUUCCUGAAUUGGUUCAGCAUCACGAAAAAAAAGUCAUCAAGUAUGAAGAACAUGGUGGACACGGUGGUGGACAUGGUGGUGGUGGUGGUGGUGGUGGGGAUGAUCAUCACGUUGAAAUAACAAGUCCAGGAAUCGGUGAUCUUGGCGGUGGUCACGGAGGAGGAGGUGGUUUUGGUGGUGGCCAUGGUGAUUUAGGAGGUGGUGGAUACGGAGGAGGUCACGGUGGUGGAUUUGGAGGAGGUCACGGCGGUGGAUUUGGAGGAGGUCACGGUGGUGGAUUUGGAGGAGGUCACGGCGGUGGAUUUGGAGGAGGUCACGGUGGUGGAUUUGGAGGAGGAAGUGGUGGAGGAGCUUUUGGAGGUGGUCACGUGAUCGUUCACCAUUCAUCAGGAGGAUUUGGGGGUGGUGGCCAUGGAGGGGGAGGAGGUGGAGGAGGUUUCGGAGGUGGUCAUGGAGGAGACCUAAGUGGUGGUUAUGGAGGCGGACAUGGAGGUGGACAUGGAGGUGGACAUACAGUUAGUUUGAGCGGAGGAUUCGUCACACUUGGUGGGGGCGGCGGCGGUGGUGGUGGUGGUGGCCACGGUGGCCAUGACCUUGGCGGUGGCUAUGGGGGUCACGGUGAUUUCGGAGGUGGCCAUGGAGAUAUUAUAGAAACCAUUCACAGUAGUAGUGGUGGUGGUGGCGGUGGUUAUGGCGGAGGUGGCUACAGCGGCGGAGGUGGUUUCGGUGAUCAUGGAGGACAUAGUUUUGGAGGUGGCGCUAGCUUUAGUAGCCAUGGAGGAGGUUAUGGGGGUGGUGGUGGUGGUGGUGGUGGUGGUGGUGGUGGACAUGAUAUAGGUGGAGAUGAUCAUUCCAUUGGCUCCAGUAGUUAUGGAAACAGUAUUUCUUCUGACUUUGGAAGCAGUGGACACGGCGGAAGUAGUUUCAGUUCGGGAGGUGGUUAUGACUCUUACUCCACUGGACAUUUGUCGUACAGUGGUGGAGGUGGAGGUGGAGGUGGAGGUGGAUACGACGGUGGACACGGUGGUUUCUCGGGUUAUCACAAAAGAAAAUAAGAGAUACAGACAUUUUUUGUCCUAUCUUCUUCUUUAUCUAAUUUUGUUUCUUCUCGAUGGUGAUUCAACUCGAACAUUUUUUUCUUCCCAAUCCUGACCGACUUUUGACUCCUUCGUGAAAAUAUACUUUCACCACAAUCAAUCGAUCGAUAGAUUAUUUUGAGAUCUUUAUCUUGACUUAUUUGACUCUCGAUCUUUGUAAAUCCUCGAACAAAAACGAUCCAAUGGCAUGAUCAAUAUCGAUAAUGAUUUUCGAAAUACUCUAGCACAAUAGAUUUUUUUUCGAGCUUUUACGAAGUACUAUCGUAUUAUCUCCAAUUUCAUCUUGUAAAUAUUACAUCCCUUUUCCUCGAACACCGAAAUGUAUUUUAUUAAUGUUUGUAGUUUGUAUAUUUAACAUGAAUUUGUUUUUCUUUUUUUAUUUUUUUUUUAGCAAGCUGUGUUAUGUGCUUGCGAAUGCACGUUUUAUCUAUUUUUGUUCAUUUUUUUUUCAAUCUACGUGCUUCGUCAGCUAAAACGUUUGU